AUGAUUGUCUUGAACUCUAGUGAAUUGGUUGGUCCAUUGUCACCAGCAGUUGGUAAUCUUAGUUUCCUCAGGGUACUCUGGCUCAGCAGAAACAGUUUCACUGGCCAAAUCCCUGGAGAGAUAGGAAAGCUAUCGAGAUUACGGAGGUUGAACUUAGCAAACAAUUCAUUUUCUGGUGAAAUACCAACAAACAUAUCGCGGUGCUCCAAUCUCAAUUAUAUCCAUUUAGGUGAUAAUCAAUUACAUGGAAAGAUACCUGAUAUUUUUGGUGGACUUAGAAAUUUGGUGUUUCUUGAUCUUGCUUUGAAUUAUCUGUCUGCUCAGAUUCCUAUGUCGAUUUUCAACUUGAAAGGUUCCUACUUCAGUACUGAAUUCCACAUGACGGGAAUAAUUUUACUGGACAAGUACCUGCCUUUGGAAACCAAAAGGAUUUGUACUGGCUUGGAGUUGCUGAAAAUCAUUUUGGAAAUGGGAUGUGAGAUUCCACAUUCUCUUGGAAAUUUGACGAGGUUGAUUGAACUCGAUUUGGGAUCAAACAAGUUGCAAGGUACUGUGCCUUCAAGUCUUGGAAGCUGCAAGUUCUUAUCACGCUUGUAUCUGAAUGGAAAUCAACUUAGUGGUCUUAUACCGAAAAAACUGUUUGAGCUCUCCCUUAUAGAGUUUGAUCUCUCAAACAACCACUUGACGGGGCAUUUUCCUGUAGGGAUUGGCUCUGGAAACUUGACUGGAUUGAUAAACUUGAUCUACAUGAACCAUUCAUACAACAAUUUAUCAGGUGACUAG